AUGGGAAUUAUCAUUUCAGUUGUAAGAAGUGGGUGUCGUGCAUGCCGUUUCAAGCAGUGUGAAGUAGCGGGAAUGAAAGCAGGAUUAGUUCGAGGAAAACGAGAUGCUUGCAAAAUGCGGCAAUAUGGUGGAGAAUUAGUUCAACAAAACAUUAAUAUGGAUAGUCGAGCGACUUUAACCAUCGAAACAAUCGGAGAAUACUCUUCAAAAGCAGAAGAAAUGGAGAAAAGCCCAUCGAAUGAAAACGAAGUAAACAUACUUUUGAAUGUUACAUUUCAAGAAUUAUUGCAAUAUUAUAUCGAGUUGAAUAACAAGUCAUUCUAUCUUUUAAGUCGGAUCACCCUCGAUUCCUUACCUGAUUUCGUUAAAAGAAAUAGUCAAGAAGCUACCCAAAUUUGUCAAAACUGUCCUGGGGCAGAUCUUCUGGAGGUUUCUGAUGUGGAAAUACUGUUCCAAUAUGUGUCAUUCUCUAAUCUUUGGCUUGACGGUUUAUGGGCUGAAAUUCAAUUAAAAAAAUUUACAGAGAGCUCAGAACUGACAGAGCAUCACGUCUCGGAGGAGCUACAUAGUGAAACUACAAGAAAACUAUUUUCUUCGUUUAUAUCAAAUUUGAAAGGAAAUGUUGGUCAAUCAUUGAAACAGUUGAAUCUCGAUUUUGUAGAGUAUUCAGCACUCAAAUCAUUUUGCAUUUGGAAACUUGGAAUCCUUGAUUUCGGAACAACGUUGAAAAUUUUUGCAGAAGAACAUUAUUCGGGGGUUUCCGCUGCUCUCACAAAAUAUUACAAAGUGAGACGACACAGAAAAACACUGAAUCACUUCGGUUUCAGAUAG